GGUUGGAAUAAGGAUGCUACCCCGCAGGCUCCUGGGUCUGCUGGGCCUCAUGAUGCUCUGCAAAGGUCAGGAGGAGAGCGGGGCGGGAGAGUCCUGUGAUAACUUUACGGACUUGAACUUAUCGCACUGCUUCAUGGGAACCAGCCUGUACGUCCGCCUGCUGCUCUACACCCGCAACAACCUCGACUGUGGCCGUGAGCUCAACCACCACCACUUGUCCUCUCAGCCGCUCUUCAGGCUCCACCUCCCCACUGUCUUCGUCAUACACGGAUACCGGCCUACAGGAGCGCCCCCCAUCUGGAUCGACCAUAUCGUCCACCUGCUGGCCGAGCAGGAGGACAUGAACAUCAUCGUGGUGGACUGGAACAAAGGCGCGGCUAACCUCAACUAUUUCACAGCUGUGACCUACACCAGGGAAGCUGCUCACAACCUGACCGGCUUCAUUAUGACUAUGGAGGAGGAAGGAGCGUCACUGAGCUCAGUUCACCUCAUCGGCGUCAGUCUGGGAGCUCACCUGGCGGGAUUCGUGGGAGCAAACCUGAAGGGGAGGAUCGGACGCAUCACAGGUCUGGACCCAGCAGGUCCCAUGUUCACCAGCGCUGCAGAGGACGAGAGGCUCGACCCCUCGGACGCCAUGUUUGUGGACGUUCUUCACACCGACAUGAACUCUUUUGGACUGCGAGGAGCUCACGGUCACAUUGACUUUUAUGCAAACGGAGGAGCUGACCAACCAGGGUGUCCCAAAACCAUCUUUUCCGGUAAAUCAUACUUUGUGUGUGACCACCAACGCUCAGUGUUCUUGUUCCUGUGUUCUCUGAACCGGACCUGCAGCCUCACAGGUUACCCCUGCUCGUCCUACCAAGAGUACCUGGAAGGCCGCUGUCUGCAGUGCGAGGCCUUUAAACCUGCACCCUGUCCGGUGCUCGGUUACGAUAUCAGCCGGUGGAGAGAAACUCUGCUUCAGCUCGGACAGACCAAAGUCUUCUUCAGCACCACGGCCACGCUGCCCUACAGGAAGCCGAGCUACAGAGUGGACAUGGUCACCUGGAACCAGUACCUCCGCUGGGGGGUCGUCUACAUCCGGCUGCACAGUGGACGAAACUUCACCGAGGCUCGAAUAGACCAUAAGCUCCUGCGGUUCGAGCAGUACACCUCCACACGGCUGCUGGCUCAGUUCGAUGAUGAUCUGCAGCAGGUUCAGAAAAUCUCCAUGAGGAUCAACACGGGAAACGUGAUUGGACCUCGAUACAAAAUCAGACUGCUGAGGAUCCGCUUGACUCCACUGGACCGUCCUGAGAGGCCUGUAAUGUGCCGCUAUGACAUCAUCAUGGAGGAGAACAUGGAAGUAGCUUUUCGACCUUUACCCUGUGGGCUUCAUCUUUGACUCCCUGACAGGAGUCGCAUCUUCUUUUUUUCCUUCUUCUAUGGAAACACAUCCAUCAGACCGCCCGGUGCUACAGGGUCUCCCUGCCUUUGGUUGGACAUCCACUGGAGCAGGUGCAGCCUCCUCUCUGGAUGAUAAGGAGGACCCGCCCGGUGCUGUGGAUUACCUGGAUUACUGGCACAUUAUCAUGUGGUUAUUGAUUUUUGAAGCCACUUUGCUACUGUUAACG